GUUUUAUGGGCAUAUAUCCUUUACGAUUGCCGUCCUGAUGAAAAUUAAGCUACAUUUAUUAAAUCUAAAAGAAGUAUGCUGCUAAAUUCAAGUGUAAUGUAUUGAUAAUUUUAUAUGUUGACGAAUAUUAAACGACCAGGAAGCUAAUGCAUUUAACGUUGAAAGGGACUUGGUGAAAAGGUAGCAGAGUGACCGUACAGGCACCUGUAGCUGAGGGCAGCAGCUGUCAAUCAUCUGAUCUAUGAUCAUACAGCAGUGACACACGUCAAUCAUCAGACAUGAGCUUCUUCGGCUUCGGACAGAGCGCCGAGAUCGACAUCGUUUUGAAUGACGCCGAAACGAGAAAGAAAGCCGAGCACAAAACCGAAGACGGAAAGAAGGACAAAUAUUUCCUUUUUUAUGAUGGUGAAACUGUAAACGGAAAAGUUAACGUCACCCUCAAGACCCCUGGAAAGAGACUUGAACAUUACGGGAUUAAAAUCGAGUUUGUCGGACAGAUUGAGCUGUACUAUGAUAGAGGCAACCAUCACGAGUUUGUGUCUCUAGUGAAAGAUCUUGCAAGACCCGGUGAGCUUUCACAGUCUCAGACCUUUGACUUUGAAUUCACCCAUGUGGAAAAGCCCUACGAGUCUUACACUGGCCAGAAUGUGAAACUGAGAUACUUUCUCAGGGCGACCAUCAGCAGAAGACUCAAUGAUAUUGUUAAAGAGAUGGAUAUUGUUGUGCAAACGCUGUGCACGUACCCAGAGCUCAACUCUUCCAUUAAAAUGGAGGUUGGAAUUGAAGAUUGUCUUCAUAUUGAGUUCGAAUACAACAAAUCAAAAUACCACCUGAGGGAUGUCAUAGUAGGGAAGAUUUACUUCCUCCUUGUGAGAAUAAAGAUCAAGCACAUGGAAAUCGAUAUAAUUAAACGGGAAACAACUGGCACAGGACCCAGCGUGUACCACGAAAACGAUACCAUCGCCAAAUAUGAGAUCAUGGAUGGAGCACCAGUGAGAGGUGAGUCGAUUCCCAUCCGUCUGUUUCUUGCUGGAUAUGAGUUGACGCCCACCAUGAGGGACGUAAACAAGAAGUUCUCUGUGCGUUACUACCUGAACCUAGUUCUUAUAGAUGAAGAAGAGCGACGAUACUUCAAACAACAGGAGAUCACGCUAUGGAGAAAAGGAGACAUUGUAAGGAAAAGUAUGUCCCAACAGGCCGCCAUCGCCUCCCAGAGAUUCGAGGGAUCGAACAGUGAAAAGAUGUCAGCACAGGCUAAAGAGGAGAGUAACUGAACAGAUGUUGUAUGUUCCCAACAAAAUUAAGUAGUUACUGUCAAUAUAGUGUUUUAAGCAAGGGAUCAAUAUAAAGGUUAAAAUUGAGAAAAAUUGAUUUAGGAGAUCAAAACCGAGAAUCAAACUUGUAAAGGACAGUACAGCUACUCAAAUAUGUACAGAUUACAAAUAUUUUUUUAUUUCUCAUUCCAAUAAGGCUUACAAUUUCAUUACAAAAAAGUGACCAACUACAACAUCUGAUUGUAAUAUACAUUUUUCUUGUUAUACUCAAACAUCGCUUUAUUCUUGUGCACUGAGAGUCUAGCCUUUAUCUUUGUCUUGUUUAAUGAGCCCGAAAUGAAAUCAUUUAAGAGAUUUAUUGUGAUUACUUGUGUUAUAAAUCUAGCAGUUAAUGUACUCUUAUAUAACUUUGCACAGUGUUAUUCUGUAAUUUAGGAUAUUAAGAAUGAAGGCCUUCGUAGAUACGCCUAUUACUAUUAAAGGAAUCUACACGUAAAACUACUAAUCCAAGCAGGGCAAUGAUUAUAACCUUUCAUGAAUAUUUUUAUUAUUGAUUGAGAUCUUUCUUUUGAUCUGUUGUCUUGUGGGGUUUUUGUAUUAAAAAUAAGUUUCAGUAAAUAAUGUUUCAGUAUUCUCAAGAAUGGCAUUAAAUGCUGCGAUCAGACAGGGUGUCCAGUUAAUAUUCCUUUAAUGACCGGAUGCCACUUGUUAUUUUUAAAGUGAAUUUUCUAUUUCUUACACGCAUGUCAUCGCAUAAUAAUUUUGAUAGCUUAGUCGCUGUGCAAGGUGAUCGGGCAUGACUAGCUUUGUAACCACGAAAACCUCUGCAAAAGACUGAUUCAAUCAGCCAUAUUGUAAUAAACUUUACUAACUUCUGCA